CCCACACAGUCAAGUUUUGCGCGAGGAUCACUGCAGGGAAUGUGGAGCGAGACAAGCGACGCUGCUACGUGGAUAUUUCGUUCCGCCACCGGUUUAAACCUUCACUUUCCCAGCGGAGAACAAGGAGUCCUGCAACAUGGACGGCUUUUAUGACCAGCAGGUCCCCUUCCUGGUCCCAGCCAGUAAAUCGCAUGUGGAGGAACCACAUGGGAUCAGACCACUUAGCGAUAGGAAGAGGAAGUUCGUGGAUGCAGAGCUGGCACAGGACACUGAAGAACUCUUUCAAGACCUCAGCCAGCUUCAGGAAAUAUGGAUCGCAGAAGCCCAGGUACCCGAUGAUGAGCAGUUUGUCCCAGAUUUCCAGUCUGAGAGCCUGAUGUUUCAUGUUUCCCCGGUCAAAAAAGUGAAGCGGGAGCCAAGUCCGUCCAAAGACCUCUCCCCCUGCAGUCAGGAGCAGCGGCUCACCCCGUACCCUGACAAGUGCCUUUACAGCUGCAGUGCCUACGACAACAAAGCAGGCGGGGUCAAACCGCCGACUCCGACCUCUGCGCCUGCCUUGCCGAGUGGCUCUGCCCACGCUGCCAGGACGCACGCCAUACAGAGUCAGAUUCCCACCUCCGCCCAGCAGCUGCCCAACAGCUGUCCUCCCGGCCACGCCGCCUCGCCAAGCCCCGCCCAUCCGCGCGUUCUGCCCCAGGCCGGCCAAAGUCAGCACUUUGCGGUGCCGCGCCCCCCUGUCAGCAGCCCCGGUGGUUCGUUCAGCCCUGAACACAGGUUCCACAGGCAAAUGUCUGCACCCUGCUUGCCCUUCGCCGCUCCAGAGAACGCAGCAAGGACGCCCUACCCCCCCCAGUCCCACCACAAUAACCACCACCGCCGCCACCACCAGCAACCGCUGGCCCGUGAUGGCCGACCCCUGUACCAGCGCCACCUCUCGGAGCCCAUUGUCCCCCUGCCCUCUCAGGGUUUCAAACAAGAGCUGGUGGACCCACGCUACCCAGAGCAAGGGCCCCCCAGCAUGGCUCCGCCAUCCCAGUUGGCCCACUUCCAUCCUCUGGCCAUAAAACAGGAGCCGAGAGACUUUGGCUUUGAGUCAGAGGUACAAACCUGCCAGUCAUCGUUUGGGAGGCCAUCGACCUUCUACCAGAAAAACAGUGAUGGUGAGUUCAAAUGUUUUGUUUUUGAUGGAGAGCCUCGGCUGUGCUAUGACGACACGUGCGUGGUGCCAGAAAGACUGGAAGGCAAGGUAAAGCAGGAGGCGCCGGCCUUCCGCGAGGGCCCGCCUUACCAGCGGCGAGGAUCUCUGCAGCUGUGGCAGUUCCUGGUCACCUUACUGGACAACCCGGCCAACGGCCACUUCAUCGCCUGGACAGGACGCAACAUGGAGUUCAAACUCAUCGAGCCAGAGGAGGUGGCACGCCGUUGGGGCAUGCAGAAGAACCGGCCGGCCAUGAACUACGACAAACUGAGCCGCUCUUUGCGCUACUACUAUGAGAAGGGCAUCAUGCAGAAGGUAAAGGUGGCUGGGGAGAGGUAUGUGUACAAGUUUGUGUGCGACCCCGAGGCACUCUUCUCCAUGGCUUUCCCAGACAACCAGAGGCCCAGCCUUAAAGGGGAUCCAGACACUUUCUUGCCAGCUGGGGAGGAGGACGGUCUGCCCCUGCCCCACUACGACGAGGAGGGGGCCUAUCUAGCCGAUGGUGGAGAGCAGUGCGUCCAGGGACUGGGGUUCCCCGACAGUUACCCCUAUUAAUCCCCUCAUCUAGGGGGCUCAGACUGUUCUUCAUUCAUACUUACCAGGAGGUGCCCAAAAUGUCUGUGCAGUGUUGGAGUCAGGUGGGUGGAGGAGUGUCUCCAAAACUUGCAUACACGUAACAGAGUUUGGGAAGUAAAAAAACAAAACUCUGUGCUCUGAUAAAACACUAUUUUCCAUCCAAAUAAACCAUGCACUUAUCUGGCUCAGUCUGUGGCACAGCUGUGUGUUGUGCUGGCAAGUGUAUGGCUCCCAGUGUGAGACAGGGAAGGUGAUCAACUCAGCUGCAAGCUAUAGAACUUGCUAGCGUGAAUUCCAACCAUAACACACACACACACACACACACACACACACACACACA